CAAAGCAAUAUAUAAAGGCACAGCCAUCCCCAUCCUGAAGCUCUCCCAACCAUAUAUCGAUCAAUUCCUACAUUAACGGACUUUCUGUAUUCUACACGAUUUUCCUCUUUCGGAUUCAGUCACAAAACCCGUUUAUUUCCUCGACCAAAUCCGGCGAUUUUCUGUCACAAAAUGAGUAGCAAAUCUUACAUUAUUCAACUCAGCAAUGACGCUGACGAUGCCAGCGUUGAAAGAUUCAAAAAGGACGUUGAGGCCAAGGGAGGCAAGAUUGGCCAUACUUAUGACACCUUGUUCAAAGGAUUCAGCGUAACGCUUGAUCCCAACACUGUCACUACCCUUAGUAGCGAUCCCCUUGUUGCUUCUAUCGAGGAGGACAAGAAGAUGCAUACUCUUUAAUACAUGAACACGUCUACGAAUGAAUAGUUAAUAUCAUAUAUCUGCAAUGACCCAGA